AUGAGGCAGGCCAUACUGUUGUUUGCUGCUACCGCAGCUGGCUUCGUUACCCCUCGUGCGGCCGAAAGCCAACAAGUUCCAAUUGUUCACAAAGGUGCAGCUCAGGGUGCAGUCCAAUCCUGGUGGGAUGCCCUCCCGGAUGCGAGCGAUCUUCUUUCGGCGGUCGAAGGGCGCAUAACCGAGAGCGUCCACCGCGUUGAUAGCAUCUUGCGCCGGCCCUUUGGCAGUGACCACAGCGAAGGGGAAGAAGAUAAUGAUGACGACGACGAACACUCCCACCCACCUCACCAUGGACACCACCCGCCCCGCGGCGACCCGGACAAGACCAUUUACGAACUAAUCAAGGAAAGCAAGCACACCACCAAGUUUGCCAAGCUCAUCGAGGACUACGACGAGAUCAAGCAGCUGCUGCAAGACACAAAGCACAACCAUACCUUGCUGGUCCCAACUGACCGCGCCUUUCGCCGUAUCCCUCGCCACCACAAAGGCAAGCAUGGCCAUGACGGUGACGAUAACAACGACGACGAUGGUGACGACCACAAACCGCCCAAGGAAUUCGUCCUGGCCCUGCUGAAAUACCACCUCCUCCCCGGCCUACACUCGUGGCGCGACAUACUGUCAGCGCAGACCCUCCCCACGGAGCUACAACCCGCGGGCCUGGGCGGCAGCGACAAGCACCCGCAGCGGCUGCGCGUGAGCGCCACGCCGCUUCUGCACCGGGUGACCUUCAACUUCCACGCGCGGCUGCUGGCGGGCGACUUUGUCGCCAAGAACGGCCUCGUCCACGCCGUCGACGCCUUCCUCCUCCCGCCCCCCGGCCAGGCGACCCUGGUGCGCCUCCUGCCGGGGACCUUUAGCACUUUCGCGCUGGCGCUGGAGAGGACGGGGCUCGUGGACGAGCUGGAGGCUUCCAAGGGCGGGAGUGACAGGGUCGGGGGCACCCUCUUUGCACCCACCAACCACGCAUGGGCUAUGCUUGGGCCUAGGGCGAACGCUUUCUUGUUCUCGGAAUGGGGGCGCAAGUAUCUCAAGGCGCUCGUCAAGUACCAUAUUGUUGUCAACGAGACGCUGUAUUCGGACGCGUUCUAUCGACCUGAUGAUGAUGGUGAGGAAGAUGAUGAAGGGGUGGCUGACUACCGCCAUGUGGACCUCCCGACGCUGCUGGAUGACAAGCCGGUUAGUGUGGACAUAAAGACGUGGAGGGGGUUUGUGUCGAUCGUGGUGAAUGGGUUCGUGAGGGUGGUGGUCAGGGACGGGGUGGCGAAUGACGGGGUCAUUCAAGUUGUGGGCAAGGUGCUGAUUCCGCCGCGCCAGCAUGACGGCGACGGGCAUCAUGUCAAUGAUGAGGAUAUCAGCGUGGAGGAGUUGAAGGGUAGGCUGGAGCCGUAUCUGGAGACGGAAUCUGGGGCAUAUCAGGAGGGUAUGGGGGAUCUGUAA